AGGAAGACUUUGACCUCUGUCACGUUAUGCUUUGUGUGCUAAAGUGAAUAAUUCUGAAACAGGAGCAGCUCAGAAGCAGGAGGCACUUCACUACAUUUCCUGACGAGGAGAAAAAACAAUGGCUUCAACCACCAUGACACUCAGCAAUGGUCUGCAGAUGCCAGUUGUGGGCUUGGGAACGUGGAAAAGUGCACCAGGACAGGUGAAGCAGGCUGUGCUAGCUGCACUGGACUCUGGAUACAGGCACAUUGAUUGUGCUGCGGCCUACAGUAAUGAGCAUGAGGUCGGCCAGGCCAUAGCUGAGCGGAUUGGGCCAGGAAAGCUGUUGAGACGAGAAGAUGUAUUUGUGACUUCUAAGUUGUGGAACACCAAGCACCACCCUGAUGAUGUGGAGGCAGCUUGUAAGAGGACUUUAUCUGAUCUCAGGCUUAACUACCUGGAUCUGUAUCUCAUGCACUGGCCAAUGGCAUUUGAGAGAGGAGCCGAGUUAAUGCCCAGGAGAGCUGAUGGCACUAUCCGCUAUGCAGAUACCCAUUACAGGGACACAUGGGCAGCAAUGGAGAAACUGGUGGACCAGGGGCUGGUCAGAGCCAUCGGCCUGUCUAAUUUUAACGCCAGACAGAUCGAUGAUAUUCUCAGCUUUGGAAAGCACAAACCGGUGGUCAACCAGGUGGAGUGCCAUCCGUACCUAACCCAGUCCCAGCUGCUGUCUCACUGUCAGAGUCAGGGGCUGGUCCUGACAGCCUACAGUCCGCUGGGUUCUCCUGACCGGCCGUGGGCUUCUCCCAGUGAACCGCUGCUACUGGAUGACCCAAGAUUGGUGGCUAUGGCCAACCGCUACAAGAAGACACCAGCCCAGAUUAUCAUCAGAUGGCUCGUACAGAGAGGAGCCGCCUGCAUCCCUAAAAGCGUCACUCCAUCCAGGAUUAAACAGAACAUUGAGGUGUUUGAUUUCAAGUUAUCGGAUGAAGACAUGAAGGAAAUUGAGUCCUUUAACAGGAAUGAGAGAGUCAUCAUUCCAACUAUUGAGAAGGAUGGACAGAAGGUAUGGAGAGAUGCCAGCCAUCCUCAUUUUCCUUUUCAUGAUGCGUACUGAUCAAAGCCAGGCCUCUUGAAAUGUUACUGCGCAACAACCCACACAAUAACAGGAUUUUCAGAUUACGCCCAUCAUCUAUUUUAGCCCUUCUCUCAUUGAAAAGAACUGCUGAUAAGCUCUUCUGGACACUGCACUGUUCUAAGGCUAGCACACAUGAAGACAUGUAUAAUCAUGUCCUGUCCAUGAAUGAUCACCUGAUGGAUUUCAGAGAGCAGUUAAAUGAAACUUUGAUUACAGGCUGAUUUACAAGGGAAGAUGUGAUUUAAAAAGACUAACUACUGUAUAAGGGUUUAAAUAAAUAAAAAAAAGACAAACUA